CUUCCUCACCUUCUCUGAAGAGCCUGAACACAUGAAACCAGCUUUAAACCUGGUUCUGUGUGGGAGGAGAGGAGCAGGGAAGACUUCAGCAGCCGAGGCCAUUUUAGGUCAGACAGAGCUUCAUUCAGUCUCCAGCUCAUCAGAGUGUGUUAAACAUCAGGGAGAGGUGAGAGGAUGUCAGGUUUCCCUGGUGGAGCUUCCUGCCUUGUAUGGAAAACCUCAGGAGGAAGUGAUGGAGGAAUCACUCAGGUGUAUCUCCCUCUGUGAUCCUGAGGGCGUCCAUGCCUUCAUCCUGGUCCUACCUGUGGGUCCCCUCACUGAUGAAGACAAGGGAGAGUUAGAGACCAUCCAGAACACAUUCAGCUCUGGAGUCAAUGACUUCACCAUGAUUCUGUUCACUGUGGAAGACAUCCAGGAGCUGCUUCAGAGCUGUGGAGGAAGAUCUGUUGUCAACAUCAAGGACAAGCAGCAGAUCUCUGAGGUUUUGGAUAGUUUAGAAAAAAAGAGACUCGACAAAGAAAAACCAUCCAGCUACACAACUGAGACGUUUGCACUUGCACAAAUAGGGAAGAUCAUAAAACAAGAGAAACACAUCAUCACACUGCAGACUGAACUUGAGAACUGGAGAACAAAAGGCAAAGUCAAUUGUGAUGAUGGGAACCAGAGCCCAGAGUGUCUCAGGAUCGUGCUGAUAGGAAAGACUGGAAGUGGAAAGAGCUCUUCAGGAAACACCAUUCUGGGAAGAGAGGAGUUUAAAUCUGCACUGAGUCAAACAUCAGUCACCAAGUUUUGUCAGAAAGAACAGGGUGAAGUGGACGGUCGUCCUGUUGUUGUGGUCGACACUCCUGAUCUGUUUGACAAUAGUUUUUCCCAUGAAGAGGUUAAUGAGGAGCUGGUGAAGUGUAUCAGUCUUCUGGCUCCAGGAGCACAUGUCUUCCUGUUGGUGUUACAGAUCGGCAGAUUCACACCAGAGGAGAAGGAGACACUGAAACUCAUCAAGGAAGUCUUUGGGAAGAAUUCAGAGUCGUUCACCAUCAUUCUUUUCACAAGAGGAGAUUCACUGGAACACAAGAAGCUGUCGAUUGAAGAAUACAUCAAAAAUAAAUGCGAAGAUUCCUUUAAGAUGCUGAUCUCUGACUGUGGAGGAAGAUACCAUGUGUUUAACAACUAUGACGAACAAAACCGCAGACAAGUCAGUGAGCUGAUAAACAAGAUCGACACCAUGCUGAAGGAAAAUGGAGGCAGCUGCUACAUCAACGCGAUGCUGCAAGAGGCUGAAGCAGCGAUACAGAAGGAAAUGAAGAGGAUCCUGAAGGAGAAGGAAGAGAUGAAGAGAGAGAGGGAGGAACCAGGUAGAAAACAUGAGGAAGAAAAGGAAGACAUGAAAAGAAGAAUGGAA